CGCCUCCGCCCCGCGACACCCGCGACACCCGCGGAGCCCGCGCGUCCCUGCCCGCGGCGGCAAGGGUGCCGCCAGCCCAGUGGUUUCGUUUCCUCCUGGCUCCGGGACAGGUUUCCAGGCACCGGCUCGGGCGCGCGGGGCCCGGGAAGGGGGCGCGGGAGGCGCGGGGACACUCGGCCCGGGCUGCCCGGCCCUGCAGAGCCGGGUGGAUGGACCGGGCCGCCCCGGGCAGCGGCGCUGGCUCCCGGCCGCUGCUGCUGGCCCUGGCCCUGGGUCUAGUGAUCCUCCACUGUGUUGCAGCGGGUGGGAAUUCGACAAGAAGUCCUGAAAUUAACGGCCUCCUCUGCGGAGAUCCUGAGAACUGUGCAGCUACCACCACACAGCCAAAGCGGAAGGGCCACUUUUCCCGGUGCCCCAGGCAGUUCAAGCACUAUUGCAUCAAAGGGAGAUGCCGGUUCGUGGUGGCCGAGCAGACGCCCUCCUGCGUCUGUGAUGACGGCUACACCGGGGCAAGGUGUGAGAGAGUAGACUUGUUCUACCUAAGAGGAGACAGAAGACAGAUUUUGGUGAUUUGCUUGAUCGCGGUUAUGGUGAUUUUUAUCAUCUUGGUCAUUGGUGUCUGCACCUGCUGUCAUCCUCUUCGGAAACGUCGUAAAAGAAGGAAGAAGGAAGAAGAAAUGGAAACUCUGGGUAAAGAUAUAACUCCUAUAAAUGAAGAUGUUCAGGAAACUAAUAUUGCUUAGUGCUACGAAGGUACCUCCAGGACGGUGGCAGCCUGCAAAAUGCCUUGCUCAUUCGAAAAGGACAGAGCAUGUCUCAGGAAAACAGCUAGUAGCAAUGAAUUUUAAAUAAUGUAUUUACUUUUUAUUUGUAACUUCUGUUUGUGUUAUUAUUGUUUUUAAUAAUAAUAAUAUUAAUUUUAUUAUUGUUUAGUAACUGGGGAAAAAACACCUGUUGAGGUAGCAAAAGUAAGAAGGGGAAUUUCAAUAAAUUUCCACUAAAGUUUUGUCACCAGCAUUCCUAGUCAAACAAAAAACAGUGGGAAGGAGUUUAGGUCUUUGGAAUUGAAUUAAUAAUAAACUGUCAUUUAUCAAAUGUUCACCAUGUGCUAAGAGUGUGAAAUAGAUUAUUGCAUUGAAUCCUUUCAACAACCAGUGGGAUACAUAUUAUGAUCCUUGUUUCCCAGAUAUAGAGAUAGGGCCAAAGAAAUCAAAUAAUCUAAUCCAGAUAUAGAGAGUUAGGAGUGGGUGGGGCUGGAAUUAGAAUCAAGAUUUGUCCAAAUGAAAGUCUGUGCUCUUAGCCAUCAUUUUUGUUAAUCUGAGUUGGUGCAACCUAACCCAAUAAUCCAGGAUUUUAUACCGAACUGAGUUUCGCUAUGAUUCUGAGAAGUCACAGCCAUUUUCCUGCAAGAACACAGAUGCAGAGUCUUGGCUUGUGUCACUGUUACCACGGUAUUUGCUGUAGAAUUGAUUUUUAUCAUGUUUCUGUGCUCCUUUAUAAAUUAUCAUUGACAUCAAUAAAUUAUUACAUUAUCAAAGCAAAUGCAUUGGCCCUAUAGCUAGGGAAAUGAAUAGAGAUGGCAAAGUAAAUGCCUGACAUUCUUUAAGCCCUGGGUAAGUGUUUAUGCUCAAUAAAGUAUAAAUAACAACACCAGAAGAGGUGGCUGUGUCAGCGUCGUGGUCAGUGAGAGAGCCCAGGCAGAGACUGGUUGUGACCAUCUCUGCAUUUUUGUUCUUCUCAACAACAGUGCUUAUGAUCAUUCUCAGGUAAAUUUUGGUGUGGUGAAAUUGUAACCAUAGCAUCCGUUACCUGGUCAAUCUUACCAAAUGCUCCUUCUCUCCAUAGCUUAUUUAAUAAAGACUACUUUAAGUCUGAAAAAGUGAAAUCUACAGUUAGCCAAUAUGCCAUAGAAUAUGGAACUGUCUACAUUGACUAGGUGGGUCACUUACAAAAAUAAAUGCAGUGUGUCCUCACAUUGUUGUACUUUGUGCCUGUCAACAAAGCAACUUCUUUUUUUUGAAUUUCUGUAAAUGUUACUUUGCAAUAUAGAUUCCAUAGCCAAAAUGAAGUGGAAAAUUCAGACAAAAGCUGAAAUUUUAUAUCUCCUUCUAGCAUCCAUAGUGUUUUGAGGGAGGCAGGGGCCGUUCUUAUACAUAAUACAGAAAUAGUUCACCUAUCUAUAAAAGCUAACUUAAAAAACUGAUAAUUCUCAAAAUCUUUAUUUUCCCUUGACUUAAUGGUCAUCCUUGAGACAGGAUUAUUAUAUCCAACCGAUUCGUGUUGUCUGUGCCUUAUUUUCAAGAGUUUCCUUCAGGAUUACUCGUGCCCUUUCUCUUCCUUAGUCUUCUUUGAUACUAAAAAGGCUUAGAACAAAUGCCCAUUAGAGCCUUUACAAACACAAAACCAUAAUAUAAAUGUUUCUUCUUCCCUGAACUGAGGUUGGCUGGCCAAUGGAAUCCCUCAAGCCAAUACAGGCUUGGGAAUUUUGCUUCAAUCCUAAAACGUUAAUGAUGGCUUUUGAAGUUUGGUGGGGCUGAUAUCAAGAAAGAAUUUCAAAAAUUUUCAUAGUUUUAAAAAAAUGU